AUGCGUUCUGUAUUCUUCAUCCUUUUCAACACAGCUGCCCUCCACUGGUUGGCUGCCCUUGCGUUCCCCAUCUCUGCACUCCUCAAGCUUGAGCCGAGGGCGACACUCCAGGGAAUUGACCAGCAGACGUAUGACCAGCUUGUGCUGGCACGCUUUGAUCAAGGAGGCGAGUUUCAACCGAAUUUGGGCAAUAAAUGCGCUAGUAAUUCACAAGUCCACGUCUUUCGCGGUCAGUUCUCCAACCACGGAACCCGAACCUUCGUCGCUCGUGACGACAACAAAAAAGAGAUUGUCGUAGCGUUCCGCGGCACUGAGAAUAAGCUCGACGACAUCCUUAAGGACCUACUUAUCUGGCGGAAAUCCCUAGACGGGGUCAUCGGCCUCAGUAACGUUGGCUCUGCGACAGCCCACUCUGGCUUCAUUUCGGCCUUCAAUGCCGUCGGUCAAGACAUGCUUGGAGUGGUUUCAAGGCAAGCUUCAGAGUAUCCCUCCUAUCGGAUCGUCCUUACCGGACAUUCGAUGGGUGGUGCUGUUGCGUCCCUUGGUGCGCUUGUGGUCAAGUCAGCACUUCCGCAAGCUAAUGUCGUGCUGUACACAUACGGACAGCCAAGAGUGGGCAACGCUGACUUUGCGUCAUAUGUGGAAAACAUGAUUGGAGGGAACAACAUCUCCCGAGCCGUCCAUACAAAUGACUGGGCGCCGCUUGUUCUACUCCCCAUUACGGGAUAUCGGCAUUUUGCUACAGAGUACUGGAACUUCAAGGAUCCAGCUUCCCCGGCUACGGUCGCAGUUACCUCUAUCAAGCUCUAA